CGAUGUGACGUCACAAGGAGGCGCCGGAUAACGUUGCUCGCCCAAACGGUUCACAACAACAUCAUCUCAUCUGAUGUCCGCAAUGGGAGCAGAGCAUCGGGCAAUGUAGAGAUGGUGGUGAAGUGCGUAUUUAAUGACCUUGGUGGAAACUAAGGGGAGCUGCAACCAAACCAAAAGCCCUGAAGUAAAUAUUGACAUGUAAAGCAAAUAAACCAAGUGAAGUUGCUGAGGUGGAUACCCUGGCAGCUUUUAAUGAAUGCCUGAGUGACAUUCAGGGCUGCAAGAGUGUGAAGAAAGGCCCUUUGCAAAAAAAAAAAAAUAGGUCAUCAAGCACAGGAUGAUCGGUACAGUCCCAGAACCUUUCAACCAACCCUUGUACAUAAGAUCCCUGAGUGACGUGGGACACAGGUCAGCCAGAUGAAAUGUCUGGAGCAACACGUCAAGAAGUUCUUGGACUUUACCGGAAAGUCCUCCGUAUAGCCCGGCGUUGGCAGUCACAGUCUGGCUUAGACAAGGACUCAGACGUGGAGAGGAAGUACAUCUGCCAAGAAGCCAGGAAUUUAUUUAAACAAAACCGAAAUAUUACAGAUCCACAGUUGAUCAAGAAUUGUAUUGAAGAAUGCAAUGCUAGGAUAGAAAUUGGGCUUCACUACAAGAUUCCCUACCCGAGGCCGACGCACCUCCCUCCAAUGGGCCUGGCCACGCAGAGCGGACGCCGACUACACAGGCAGGUGGAACUGAGGAAGCGGGCAAAGCCCAUCUACCUGCAGUCUCACCAUGAAUCGGAUUGAAGCUUACAGGGGCAUCACCAGCAGGUGGAAACAGCCAUAAAUUUAUUUCAGUCGGGCUUUAUGCUUUAGGCUGCAGUGGGUUACGGACUUCACACCAAUUCAGGUGUCAUACGGAUUUCAGUUUCUUAAGUUGUUUCCUUUUAAAUGUGAAAUCUUUUGACUUGAUACUGUUUAAUGAUAAAAACAGAUUUUUUCCAACAGUUA